ACGUUUUUUUCGAGCAGAUGUGCAGAGAGUUAGCUUUUCCACUAGUUCAUGAACACUGACGGUGCGAAGAUCAGGGUCUCUUCGGGAUACUAAUAUCUGAGCCCAGGCAUUCACUCUUACUCCGCCGUGAGGUUCAUGCAGCACGAAAAAGACGUUUCCUUCUCCGAAUAGCAAAAGAGCUGAAGUAUGACUCGUCGAGUGGCAGUGAUUGGAGGAGGGAGUUCAGGUCUGGCCUGUAUCAAGAGCUGUCUGGAUGAGGGUCUGGAGCCUGUCUGCUAUGAAAACAGUGAUGACAUUGGUGGUCUGUGGAGGUUUAAGGAGAAUCCAGAGCCAGACAGGGCCAGCAUCUACCACUCUGUCACCACCAACACCUCCAAGGAGAUGAUGUGUUUUAGUGACUUCCCCAUCCCUGCGAACUUCCCCAACUACAUGCACAACUCCCUCAUCAUGGACUACUUUCGGAUGUAUGCUGACCACUUCCAGCUCACCAAGCACAUACGCUUCAAUACCAAAGUAUUGCAGGUGAGGCAGAGAUCUGAUUUUGCUCAUUCAGGCCAGUGGGAUGUUGAGAUGGAAAACAAGGAUGGCAAAACGGAGAAACACAUUUUUGAUGCUGUGAUGAUCUGUAUUGGACAUCACUGCCACCCAAACUUGCCGCUACAUGACUUCCCAGGAAUUGACACUUUCGAGGGAACUUAUUUCCACAGCAGAGACUACAAGACCCCUGAGGAGUGGAGGAAUAAAAAGGCUGUAGUUAUUGGAAUAGGAAACUCUGGAGGAGACAUCGCCGUGGAACUGAGCAGAGUCACCAAGCAGCUUUACCUCAGCACUCGAAGAGGAGCCUGGAUUAUGAACCGAGUCGGGGACAAUGGGUUUCCCCUUGAUUUGCAUUUUAACAGAGUGCUAGAUUUUCUGCGGCUCAUCCUUCCCUUUGGUGUAUAUUGUGGUCUAGGAGAGAGACAGCUCAACCAAAGAUUUGAUCACACUCUGUACAAUCUUAAGCCAAAGCACAGGUUGUUCAGCCAACAUCCCACAGUGAAUGAUGAGCUUCCCAACCGCAUCCUAUCUGGAACAGUUCAGGUGAAACCCAACAUCCGCAGGCUUCAGGGGUCCAGUGUGGAGUUUGAUGAUGGAAGUGUUGUGGAAGAUGUCGACCUGGUGGUGUUUGCCACAGGUUACAGGUUUUCCUUUCCAUUCCUGGCCUCCCAUGUGACCUCAGUUUCUGGGAACAAAGCAUCUCUGUACAAGUAUGUGUUUCCUCCUGAGUUGGAACGCCCCACUCUGGCUAUCAUUGGUCUAGUGCAGCCACUGGGAGCCAUUAUGACCAUAUCUGAGAUGCAGGCCAGAUGGGCCACACGUGUCUUUAAAGGCUGCACCAAGCUUCCCUCAGUGGCUUCCAUGCUAAAAGAUGUCCAGUGCAAGCAGGAGACAAUGGCCAAAAGGUAUGUCCCCAGUCAGAGACACACUAUCCAGGUCGACUAUCUCAACUACAUGGAUGAGAUCGCAGGACUGUUGGGGGUUCGACCCAACAUCCCCAGGCUGCUGCUGACUGAUCCCAGGCUGGGAUUGAAGGUGCUGUUCGGACCCGGUACUCCGUACCAGUAUCGUCUCAAAGGGCCAGGGAAAUGGGCUGGAGCCCGUCAGGCCAUCUUCACUCAGUGGGAGAGGGUGGCUCAACCCAUGCAGACCAGGCCCUGUGAUGAUCCCAAAACCAAGAGAUCCUUCAUGUGGCCUCUGAUUCUGUCUGCUGCUGUGGUGGGCUGGGCUGCCUACGUCAACAGGAACAACUUUCCAGCAUACCUGCAAGACCCCACCGCUCUGCUGGACAAGAUGAAAGUUUACCUGCUUGCACAGUGAUGAGGAAAUCAUUCUUGUUCCAUCUCAGCACUUUUUACAAACCUUUAAGAUGUUCAUGCACAUUUUACACUAUGGUAUCCCAUCUCCUGAAAUGGGCAAUACACGAACAUUCAUUAGUUAAUCAUCCCACACACAACUACUACAAACGUCUGCCUUUAAACAGUUGUGUUUUUCUGAGUAAAAAACGCUGAAUGGCGUCAUUAAUUUGGCAAAGUGUAUCCAAUAUAUAUAUUUUUUUAUUUACACUAAAUGAAUAAGAACAAAAUGUAACUAAAAUAAAAGGGCUCAGUGAGAAUAAUUCAUCAUGUAUUUUGAAUGUGUCUGAGAGGCAAUGUUGCUACAUUUAAAUAUUUGUUUUAUUUUUAUAACCAGUUGUAUUAAUAUAAGCUUUUCAAUUUA